UCGUAUAGGCACCGCUGUGCGACAAUCCUGUGUAUAGAUGAAAGAAACGGGCCUAGUGUGUAGACUUCUGUUUUAUUGCAGUAUAUCACUGGCACAGCCGUAUACGAUUUCUGAAGGCCCCAUUUAGAAAUGCCACCGAGGUGGUAUUGUAAAGAAAAGUGAAACAAUCUCGUUGUGGCCGGCAGAUACUUGCUCAAUUCAAUAAUUAACAAAUAAUACUCAGUUCAUAAGAUCUGACACAUUCUGUACUUGAUUGGAUUGACCUCUAAAUAGUUCAUAACUAUAUCGAUGUGUCGCAAAAAAGUAUAUGUGAAGCUGAAUAAUAGCUAGUGAAACCUAGCUAGCUAGUGAAACCUAGCUAGCUAGUGAAAAAUAGUAUAAGUUAUACAGAAUAGAUUGUGAAUACUGGUAAAAUCGUGCUAUUAUUACUUGCGGGGAUACGAUAUCUGAUUGCCUACACAUUCGAGAAUGGAUGAAGGCCGCAUUUCAACAGUUGCUUGUUGUUUGUUGUUGGUCGCGAUAGUUAUAGUCACUGCUCCGGAAGAAGUACGGUCGCAACCGUGUGAAAGUGGUUCCGGUGCCCAAACUGACAUCAUUACACACCGUGAAACGAAUCGAAGAGAUCCAGCAGUUGAUUCACGAGCAUUACCCAUAGUUUCCUCAACACCAUCAGCCAUUAAAAAGGAUCUAUUUAUGUCUCGUGGCUGGGGCGCUUCGGGUAUGCCUUUCUCGAUGUUCUACAUAAAUCACUAUACGAAGGCACAGAAAGCAUACGCCCAGAGUCAACUCCAACAGCAACACCAACAGCAGCUUCAAAUACAACAAAAUCAGCAUUUACAAACUUCAUCACUAACCACCAAACUCCAUGCAGAGGUGCCUUCACAGGGGUCUCAAGAAGAAGGAGGUACCAUUCGUUCGGAAGAUUCUCCUGUUCCAAAGCAAUUUCCACAUGAUACCAGAUUCAACAAUCCGGUUACCAUAGUUCCAGAAGCAAGUGUACAAGCAGAAAAAUUGCGGAGCGACAGCGAUUACAUAGACAACGGUAGUGCAAGAUGUUGUGGCUCAAACACGAAUGCUUCACGUCGUCACUACACCGUGCCCCAAUUAUUCGUAUCAUAUGGUUGGGGACCGAUGGGAUAAAUGUUGUCACUUUCAAUACUGUGGUUUCACAAACCUCACCAACGAUUAUAUACCAUACACAACAUCUUGCCCUGAUUUACGUUUACGCUUUUCUGGUUCAGAAGAACAAUACGAGUUCUUUAUAAUUUCAUAGAAGUGGAAUGCAGUUGAAUAAGGGAAAGCUCUAAACCCCAUAAUAAAGUGCAAAUACCUAAUCUUGAA